AACCAUAUGUAUGUAUAAUAUACAGCAUAUUGUUAUAAGCGUUUUGAAAACGUCGUGUGUCAGCUGCUCCUCUUUCCAUGCACAUUGUAAAUGUAUAAAUAUAUAUACGGGACAAAUUACACUGAUUGAGUUAGCCUCGAACAAAUUUGGGAAAUCUAAUUUAUCACGUUAUCAAGCAAGAAAUUUUAAUUUUAAUAAAGAAUGGGAUACAUAAAAUUACUCUUACAAAAUCAACAACAACUGCUUAUAACGGCAUGCGUAUACCUGGGACCUCUCCUAAAUGGCUACUCCCUGGGAUGGUCAUCACCUAUAAUCAUAAAGCUAAGUGAUGUAAAGCAAUCGCCAUUCAAAAAUUACGUUUCGGAUAAUUUAAUAUCAUUCACUGCCACCGCUAUCUACAUAGGACAAAUUAUUGGACCUAUGCUGAUUCUUAAUGUGUCUGACACCAAAGGCCGUAAACCUUGCCUGGUCAUCAGCACAGUUAUUACUUCUCUAUCUUACUUCAUUUUAGCAUCAGCUACCAAUAUUUGGACUAUCAUAUUUGGCAGAAUAAUAUGUGGCUUGGGUAUAUCAAUGUCAUAUGUUUUAGCAUCAAUGUACAUAGGGGAAAUCUCAUCAACAAAUAUACGUGGUAUUCUUCUGAACGGUUCUGGAGUAUUCCUUACAUUCGGAUGCCUGCUGGUCUACUCAGUGGGACCAUUUGUACCUUAUUACGCAGUUAAUUUACUCGGGUUAUUGAUAGCAUUGGCACAGUUAGCAGCCGUUCACUAUAUAGUCCCGGAAUCACCUAUCUUUCAUGCGAUGCAAGGAAUGGACAAAGAAGCGGCUUCUACAUUGGAGACGCUAAAUAGACAUGAAGACAUAGACCUCGUCGUAUCUGGAGCGAAAUCGGAAAAGUUCAGCGGCUCGCUUUAUAAAGAACUGUUUACAGUGAGAUCGAAUAGAAGAGCGUUCUUUAUAACUAUGCCCUUAGCUGUCCUUCAACAGCUUAGUGGAAUUAUAGUUGUUACUUUUUAUGCUACUAGUAUUUUCUAUAUGACCGGGUCGUCAUUGGACGCCCGUAUAGAUACAAUACUGAUCGGUUUAACACAGUUCGUGGCAAGCACUUUCUGUCCCCUUCUUGUUGAGCGCAGUGGUAGAAAAAUGUUAUUGAUGAUUUCAACCAGUAUUUGCAGUAUCAGUUUGGCCGUUCUCGGAGUAUUCUUGUAUUUAAGCUGGACCAGUAAUAUAAUCGUCGACAGCAUCCUUUGGCUGCCCCUGGUAUCCUUGAUUGUAUAUUUUAUUGGACUAGAAACAGGUUUCGGAGUCAUUCCCACGACCCUUCCAGGAGAGAUGUUCAGUCCCAACGUUCGGGCGAUAGGAACUAUGAUCGGGUACCAAAUAGCCAUGGUCUUUGGUCUCGUCCUGUCAGCUGUAUUCCCUCUAAUGCUCGACGACAUGGGUCCCCAUAUUACGUUCUGGAUUUUUUCUUUUGUCUGUGCGUUCACUUGUGUAUUUACAAUGGUGUUCGUGCCAGAGACAAGAGGAAAAACGUUGUUUGAAAUACAAGAGAUUUUGAGCAGAUGAUUGUGUUGGUAUUUUUUUUCUUUUUUGUGUCUAUGGUGCAGUGGUUGUGGUCUGUGCCUGAGGUCACGGGUUCGAUACCCGGUCAUUUCAAAGGACAUGUUUAUCCUUAUCAUUAUGCAAUUUAUAUUGAUGUUAUUACACUAAACAAAAAGAAUUAUCUUGGAGUAAAAUUUCUGUUUUUUUUUAUUUUUUUAUGUUUUAUUAUUAAAACCUAUGACGGAUUCGAA